AUGUAAAAGAACAAGAUUUUCUUAAAAGGAAUUAAAUAAUUUGAUUUGUUCGCUUAACCUUUGCAAUUACUAGUUGAUAAAAAAGAAUAUCACUAAACAUUAUUUGGGUCUAUUCUAACAGUCUUAUUGUUGGCAUUAUUCUCAAACUUACUUUAUUAAAAACUAGUUACAUUAUUUGACAGGAGUAAUCCAACUUCUUUGAGUUCAGAAAUUUAUCAUUCUUAACCUGAAUAAUACAGUUUAAUGCCAUCAAACUUCACUAUGACUUUUGCCUUUUAGAACUCAUCCUAUAACACUUAUAUAGAUGAAUCAAUUUAUGUUGUUAGCGCUUACCUUGUGAAAAAGAGUGCAAAACUCUAAGAUGGAUAUAAAAUAGAUGUAUAUGAUAAGUAAGAGUUACCUUUAGUCAAAUGCAAUCAAUAAUUAAUUUAAUAGUAAGAACUAAAGGAAUAUUUUUCUCAUUUAGAUUUACCAACUAAUUAUUGUAUUGAUUGGAAUAAAAUUCCUAAUAUAUAAAUUUAAGGAACUUUUGAUGCUCCAAAAUUUGAAUACAUUAUUAUGUAAUUCAAUACUUGUACUGAAUAAAAUAAAAAAAGCUAACCUUGCAAAUCUUAGAAGGAAAUUGAGUAGGCAUUAACAUAGAAUUAUUUUUCUUUUUAAAUUUCAUCUUAAACUACAAAUUUAAAGAAUCCAAAUUCUCCUUAUCAACCAAAAGGUCAAGAUCUCUUUACAACUAUAUCAAGUAAUAUUUAUAAGGAAAUUUCAAUUUACUUAGAACCACUUACUACAAUUACAGAUGUAGGUUUAAUUUAAACAAAAUUGGAAUAUGAAAAAACUUUGAGAUAUGGAAGACAUACAGAAAUGUUGGAUUUGAGUUAAAGUGACUUGAUUAUGAAUGUAGUUAUUAGACUUGAUACAACUGAAUAUGUUGAUUAUAGAACAUAUCCAAAGAUAUAAGAAAUUUUAGCAGAAUUAGGUGGCUUAUGGUAAGUAUUGUUUAGUCUCUUUUAUAUUAUAUCUAAACCAAUAAAUAAAAUUAGUCUUCUUCUUCAACUUAUUAAUUCUUUAUAUGAAUUUAAGGAUAAAUAAUAAUAUGAAGAUAAUUUUUAAUAAAAAGAUUCUUCUUUAAUUAAAAAUGAGAAAUCAGGUUCUCCUUUAUAGAGAUAGUUAGAACAAUAAGUUUAAAUUUGUUAAGAUUAAAUUGUAACAAACAAGACUUUAUCAAUUAAAGAGAAUAUCUGUAAUAAAUAAGGUCGUAAGGAUAGAUCAUACAAAACUAUUCUUUAAACAUAUGUUCAAUAUCUACAAAAAGCCUUAUUUCGUAAAAAUAAAAAUAUUAAAUUUGGAUACAUAAAUGCAUUUUAAGCUUUAAGAUGUAUUGUCACUAAAGUAUAAUUAUUAAUAGAUUUUAGGAUGAUGAAAAUAUACUUCAAUUCAGACAAGCUCAUAAAGAGAUUUGUAAUUAAUUAAAUAUUCUAAAUAUUUUAAAAAGACUAUAAGAUGUUGAAAAAUUGAAACAUAUAAUUUUUAAUGACAAUUAAAGAAUUCUAUUUGAUAAAUUUAAUAAUAUCCCAUAAAAAGAUUAAUAAGAUGAAUUAAAGUUAUAUUCUGAUUAACAAAUAAAACAAUAGGGAAUUACUUAAGAUGUAAUCUUACAAAUAUUAUCUGAUUAAAAUAACGAAAUUAAUUAAAAACUUAUAGCAUCCUUAGAUGUUACAGUAAGUAAUUUAUUAUAAAAAUGUAAAUAAGAUAAUAAUGAUAAUUUAGAAAAAAAUUGA